CGAUCGCUUUUGCUUAGUUGGCAGUUUCCAAGCAUCGAGUUAAAAGCUACACGCUAACUCAUUGUUCGUGAUAUAUUUCAACAAUUUAAUAGAAGAUUUAGGCUGAGAAUCUUAAGAUUAAACUUGUUGUUUUGUGCAGAUUCUGAAGGCAACAGACAGUCAGCAUUGAUAAUGGAUACCUUGGUCGUUUGGUUGUUUGUAGCAACGACGGUAUCUAUCGUAUCGUGCCAACAUAUUGAACAGUUUGAUAUUAACAAAAUGGGGAUCGAAUUAAUGGAUCAUCAUGAAGAUCACGAUGAAGCAAAAACCGAAGAUAAACUUUCCACCAGCCUUCCGCGCUCGGCUAUAACUUUCCGAUUGAACGAACGUGAAGAAUCAUGCUUUUAUGAAGUCUUACCCUCCGGAAUACGUUACCAUUUUGAGUUUAAGGUAGUUUCUGGUGGAAAUCGAGAUGUUGACUUCAUCAUUACGUCUCCUGGCGGGAAAACAGUUGCGCACUUUAAAAAGGAAACGGCCCACGAAGGAACUUUCGACACAGGAAAGGGUGCGUAUCAAUUUUGCUUUAGCAAUAAGUUUUCUACAAUGACUAAGAAAACUGUGUUCUUUCAAUUUAACCCCGAAACUGAAGGCACCCUGUCUCGUAAAGUCGGCAUCCGUAGACAGACCGUCAUGACCGCCUUGGAAUCUUAUCAAGAGGAAAUUUAUCAAAAUUUGCUGACGGUGAUCGAACAUCAGCGGCAAUACCGGAUACGAGAGUUGAUUGGCCGACAUUAUGCUGACCAACUUCUUGUACGCAUUGGAAACUGGUCGUUAGGAGUGGCUGUUAUGAUUCUGUUAACAGGAAUCGGUCAAACAUUGAUUAUGAAGUACUUUUUCACAGAAAGAAGAACAACUAUUAAGCAUCAGACUUAAAAAUAUUUUAUUUCAUUAUAAUGGAUUAAUAAAAGUAAAUUUUAUUAUAA